UGGCGGGCUCGGUGGGCGGGGCUGAUUGGCUGGGCGGGCCCGGUGGGCGGGGCCGGGCGGCGGCGGCGGGGCCGCGCCGCAGCCUCUGCCGGGGAGGCGCCGCUCUCGCACCGCUGAGGCGCUGCCGCCGCCGGGCCCGGGCGCGGGAGGAGCCCUUCCAGCAGCUGUUCCCGGUCUGAUUUUCUCCUGCGAGGACAAGUGAUGUCCACGGCCACUCUGAUCACGCUGGUGCGGAACGGGGGGUUCCAGGUGAGGAGGAGAGCGGCGCUCACGUCCCGCCUGCUGCAGGACGAGAAGCGCCCCGCGCCCUCCCGCCCCGCCUCCACCGGCGAGCGCCGCGCGUCGCGCUUCGACUCGGACGGCAGCGGGCGCCCCACCACGUGGGACACCUUCGGCAUCUGGGACAACCGCAUCGACGAGCCCAUCCUGCUCCCGCCCAGCAUCAAGUACGGCAAGCCCAUCCCCAAGGUGAGCCUGGGCAACGUGGGCUGCGCCAGCCACAUCGGCAAGAGGAAGGAGAACGAGGACCGCUUCGACUACGCGCAGCUGAGCCAGGACGUGCUGUACUUCGCCGUGUACGACGGGCACGGCGGGGCGGCGGCUGCGGAUUUCUGUGAUAAGUACAUGGAGAAAUAUAUUAAGGAAUUUCUUGCUGAGGAGGAGAACUUGGAAAAUGUUUUGAGCAAAGCUUUUCUAGAAAUAAACAAAGCAUAUGAAAGGCAUGCUAAUCUCUCUGCUGAUGCAACUCUGCUGAACUCUGGGACCACUGCAACAGUGGCUCUGCUGCGGGAUGGGAUCGAGCUGGUUGUGGCCAGCGUGGGGGACAGCCGUGCCCUGCUGUGCCGGAAGGGAAAGGCCGUGAAGCUCACCACUGACCACACCCCAGAGAGAAAGGAGGAGAAGGAAAGGAUUAAGAAGUGUGGUGGCUUCGUUUCCUGGAACAGUUUGGGACAACCCCAUGUGAAUGGCAGACUUGCAAUGACACGGAGCAUAGGAGAUUUGGAUCUUAAAAACAGUGGUGUGAUAGCCCAGCCAGAAACAAAAAGGGUUCAGCUGCACCAUGCAGAUGACAGCUUCCUGGCACUGACCACCGAUGGCAUCAACUUCAUAGUGAACAGCCAGGAGAUCUGCGACUCCAUCAGCCAGUGCCACGACCCCGCCGAGGCUGCCCACGUGCUCACGGAGCAGGCCGUGCAGUUUGGCUCUGAAGACAACAGCACAGUUGUCAUAGUGCCAUUUGGAGCUUGGGGCAAGUACAAGAAUGGGGAGGUCACCUUCUCCUUCAGCCGCAGCUUCGCUUCCAGCGGGAGGUGGGCGUGAAGACCGUGCCACAGCCAUCCUUUCCUGCCGUCACCUGGCCACAGCGUGCUACAGAACACCUCCACCUGUUCUAGGCUGGCUCAGUGUCCUGUCCAUCUCUUGUGUUCCCAGUGUUAGAAGGUGCCAUUGCUCCCUGGGUGCGUAGUGCCCGUUGUCGCUUACGGCCGGCAGCGCCCUGGGUCUGCAGCCUCAGCAGCUCCACACAUCACUUGGUUCACACAGACGAGGUUCUGGGCUUUCACCUGAGGCUGGAGGGGGUGCACAGUCAUUUCAUGCCUACCUGUAUUCCCCAGGACCCUCAGUUCCCUGGCAGCUGCGAGUCCCUGAGCCGCGUGCUGGCUUCCUUGUCGAUAAAACACGGGAACAAACGCACAAUGUCCUUAGGUAGGCAGAAAGAGGGGUUGUUUUCUUCUGCUGCAGCCACCCUAAACUCCCCUGUGCUCCAGGAGAGGUGGGUGAAAAAUAGAGAAGUUUUGGAAUGUUUAAGUUCUGAUGCCAGUGGCAUUUGGUGUAGCUGUACACGUUCCUGAGACAGCGCUGCUUUGUGCUCUCGCUGCUGUCACCUGUGAUCCUCCAGCUCCAAGGGGACAGCCAGGCUGGAGCCACAGCUGUUGGACAGAUGGGAAUCCUUCUCCAUUGGGUCCAAAGCCUGUGCAGUCUCUGUGGACCAUGCAGCAGCCCCUUGCACUGUCUUCUCUUUGCUGUCAGUGCCUGACAGAAGCACAGAGGAGGGAAAAAGACGCACAAUUUUGAUAUCCAGAGACUCUCGUCAACUUGAAUUUCUUCUUUUUUUUUUUUUUUAAUAAAGAAAAUCAGCUAAUUUCAAAGAAUUUACUCUUCAAGAUCUGAUGCUUAAGACAGUUUAUUUCUUCACCUAUACCUGAGGAUUUUCCUGCCCUCUGUUGAAGGCAUCAGAGCUAGUGGUGAUCUCUCACGUCUCUUCAUGGUACACAAGGAAGUAUAAAAUGCCCCAACAAGGUAGAGAAAGGAGAAAGCAUUACAAUAAUGUAAGGCAAUUUUUGUGAGUUUUGGGUGUUGUUCUAGAGAUGUCAGAUAUUCAGAUAGCAGAAAGGGCUUUUAUACUUAAAGGAAGUGUUUUAAUUUCCCUUCUUGGAGAGGAAUCUGUAUCCAGUGAGGCAUGGGGGGACCAGAGCUCUGAUCCAGCUCAUGUCACUGCUGUGACAUGGACUGCAGGUGUCCUGUGAGGCACAGGCAAAGAUCUGCAGAUGGAUUUCCAACUUCAGUCUCUCCACCACUUGGGAAGGUGGGGGUUUCAUGGGGGUUUUAUAGAGGAAACUCAGAAAAAAGUCAUUUGCAGCCUAGAUCUAGGAGAGCUGGUCUCUCUGGAUGAUGAACAUAGCACAAGAGACUGAAAUGGGGCAGAGAUCCAGUAAUUCAUUUAAUACAGGCCUUCAUUACAGUCAGUCCCUUCGGGCUGAAAUGCUCAGGGCUGGAGAAUAAUCCUGUAGCAGCUCAAAAUGGGGGUGUGGAGAGACAUCAGCAAUAUCACUGCUUUUUGUGUACUGGAAAUUGAGAGGAGCUUAGACUCACCACAGGAACUCUGCUGAGUUCCACAGGAUCAGGGUUCCAUGAGCCAAUUUUCUGUCUCACCCAGCGGAUGUGCCGUGGUCAAAGACAUUGGGAUUUUUAGCUAAGGGAGAAGCACAAAACAACAGCUACCAGCGAAACCGGUUUAAUAACAAUUCCUCUUGAACUCCUUCAGUUGGGCAGUGCCAGGGCAUUGCUCACUCACCCAAGAAGCCAAAUGCACAGCACAGCAACCCCCGGGUGUUCCUUGGUUCCAAACUGCAGUUCUGAACGCAGAGAUUCCCAUCAGGUGCCCUCCUGGCCCGGGAUAUGGAGUGCUUGGGCAGUGGUGCCUGUCAUAAUUUUCUUACAGACUUAAGUGCAAUUGUGUACAUUUGUUACAUGCUUUGCCUUGGGGCUGUGUGUAAUUCCUGUGGUUUGAUGUUUAUCUUUGGCGUAAUCAGUGUUCCAAUUUCAUCCACUAUGAAAUUGUAGAGAGGUGUCCAUCUUGCCUUUUUUUUUUUUUUCUCUUUAAAAAUGUUUUUCCAUCUUCAUCAACUCAAAGCUACAGUAGAGCAGCUCAGUCUGUACUGGAAUGCUUACAAGACCUUUCAAUAAAGAAUUGGCUUGUGGGA